AUGUUUCGAAAUCGAACUUCGUCUCAAAAGCCCGGCGAUGCUUUCAUUGCGAAUUUCAGGCAAAGCUUCCCUGAGGUUGCGAUUGCGACCUCGUCUGCUGGCUCGGGCUCGGGCUCGGGAAAUGCCUCCUCACUCCGCCAUGCAACUGCAGCGCCCCCCCACGAAACUCGACACAUGAGUCUGGGACACGAGGAUAUGAAGGAUCUCGACCCUACACCGAGAGCGCAACAUGAGCCAUGGCGUUUCACUCCCUCUCUGCUCGACCCGAACUCUUUUGCCUUUUCGGCCUUCGCUAACCAACCGCCUGGCUACUACACUCCAACUCCGGGAGGCACGAACACCCUGUACCAUAACCAAGCUGGAGAUUUGCAUACGCCCGGCAUGGGAAUGGGUAUGGGUCUUGGAACACCAUUGUCCCUGCCCACUUCCGCUGAUGGGCUCGCCACCAACCCGAUGAUGGAAAUGUCUGCGUUUGGCCAUCAAAUGCCACACCAAUUUCACAACUACAACCCCUUUGGUACCUCUCAGCAGCAAAAUAUGCAGCAACAACACCAGCCCGAGCAGCAAUCGUUUGCGCCAUCUUCAUUCAUUCACCAGGACACUGGCUACGAAACCAUGGACCAUGACGGUUCCCCUUUGGACGACGACGAGGGGCGCAUGGUGCCCAUGGAAGGAGCUCUGCGCCAAUCUCCAAUCAUGAGCUACCAGUCCCAAUACCACAUGGCAACUGCAGUGCCUGCAUCUGCCGAAAAAUUCCGCUUCCAUGUGACCCUCAAUGCCCCGACGGCAAUGAUCAAGCAUGCAGAUGAGAUACCAGUAACAUAUCUCAAUAAGGGUCAAGCUUAUUCGAUAUCGAUUGUAGACACGGCUCCAAAUGUUCCACUGCCUCUCGGAGCCAGGUACCGGACCUUCGUCAGAGUUUCGUUCGAGGACGAGCAGCAACGACAGAAACCGUCGAACUGCUGGCAACUGUGGAAAGAAGGGCGAGGAACGAACGAGGCUCAUCAACGUGGAGGCAAGCUCCAAGCAGUUGAGUACGUGGAAGCCAAUCAGGUCGCCGAGAUUGAUGACAAGAGGACUCGUGUUGAACUCGAUACCGCCUCCUUCGAUGGAUUCUCGGUCUUCUGGACCCCAGGCGUCAACGGCACAACGGAAUGCAACAUCGCCGUUCGUUUCAACUUCCUUUCUACCGAUUUCAGCCACUCCAAGGGAGUAAAGGGUAUACCCGUUCGCCUCUGUGCAAAGACCGAGACCGUUCCAACUGGAUCACCUCGUUCCGGCCCUGAACACUCGGAGGUGGCCUUCUGCAAGGUGAAGCUUUUCCGGGACCACGGCGCGGAACGCAAGCUUUCCAACGAUGUGGCACACAUCAAGAAGACGAUUGACAAGCUCAAGCAACAGAUAGCGCAAGCUGAGACGGGCAUGAAAGACUUUGGCAAGAGAAAACGAACUGGUUCGACGACUGCCAAGCCGCAGCCAAGUCAACGGCCUGGGAAGGUGCAGAAGCACAAGAGGACCUGGUCCAUGUCAUCGGCUUCGUCUGCUGGAGGCCGCAUGCCUAUCGAGGAAGACCUGCAUUUCAAGUUGCAAAACAUGCAGGAUAUGUUUACAAGCACCAGGCCUGUCAGCAUAUUGUACCUUCGAGGAUCGGAACAGGACGAUCCGGAUCUCCACCCAGUGGCCCUGGCCGGGGAGCCACUGGAUCUUACAAAGGUGGAUUCGCGGGGCAGCGCUAUCUGGCAACAGAGAAGGGGCGACGGGAGCUCGACGACAGGAACGUCCUCGCUUGUAUCGCCGUCUCCAAGCUCUCUUUCACUGCAUUCCCAAGAAAUGGCAGUCACUUCGGCAACUGGGGCACCUGGAAUUCGGAACGACUUCCAAUCAGUCGCGACAGCAGAUGUGCAAUCUUCGAAUCCCCAGCAGCUGGCGAGCCCUCCAGACCAAAUCACCAAGAUUCCCAAAGCGGAUGGUAGUAGUAAUCUGAGCGGUUGGAUCGAAGCGCUGGGAGUCGAUUCGUCGUACGAGCCACCUGUCGAGAGAGCGAUAAAACCAAUCGCAUGUUUUUAUGUCGCCCGCCGCGAUCCCCAUCAACCAGAGAAGCACGAAUACUUCCGAGCUGUCUACUUGAUGCAGCGGACCCUGAAGGACUUCACCAACGGCAUCGCUACGAAGUGGAAUAUCGAGCCCACCAAAAUACUACGGACGCUCCAUAUUCUUGACCGCGGGUUGCAGGUGGAGGUCGACGACGACGUGAUCCGCGAGCUUGUGGAAGGCCAGGAUGUCAUAAUGGAGAUUUCAGAGGUCCAGAAUCCAGUCAAACGAGAAUGGGAGAUGUCACUCGACGUCCAAGUUGACGGCGACAAUGCAAGCGGAACCCAACACGUUACCCACACCGAAGGAUACGAACUUCGCUUAAUGUUUUAA